CCUAUGUGCUUCCUGAUCUACACCCAUCAUGGGCAGGGAAAACGUUUAGGCUGCAUCUGCACCUCUCCUCUGGUCAGCCCUGGAACUUUUUUCCUCCUCAACUUUUGCUCUCCCCCUCCUGGACUUUAAUUGACCCUCUUCAGAGAACCUACGUGACGGUGACCCUUUGGUAUAUUUAUCCUUUUUCAUCUUCAGGGGAAUUGAACAUCCAGUCCAGACACCAGUUGUAAUAUCUUUUGGUUGUGGCUGUUCUUCCUUGUAGGGGCUCUGUGCAGGGACUCAUCCUUGACGAUCAGGACUCAAACAGGAUUAGGAAGGUGGCAGUCCAUGUUAUUUUUUUUUCUCGACAACUUUUUUGUUGUUGUUGCCCUAAGGGAUUAAUUGCUGAAAUUACAUAUUCAAACCAGCAUGACUGAGGGAGUCGAAGCGCGAUCCUCCACCACAACCAUGGUCAUAGAGAGCAAAAACGGGGAGGCAGGACAGCCCCUAGUCAGGGUGUCUAAGAGGACCGUGACUGACGACCUGUACACCACCUUCAGUUCCCCCAUGGCCUGGAUCCUGGUCCUAGCCCUGGUCAUCACCUGGUCCUGCGUGGCCAUCAUCAUGUUUGACCUGAUGGACUACAAGGGAAUCACAGGGGUCCCCCCACCUCCCGCUGUCAGGAAAGCAAUUAAGGAGGCAGGGAGGUCUAGAGGAAGCAUUCAGCAUAUCAGCUCAGAUCCCAUGAAAGUGGUGAACGAGGCGGUGGAGGAGUCCACUGGCUGGGGCAACCUGCUUCUGACCUUUGCCUCCAACCUGGUAGCACCUGAGGAGGAGGAGGAAAUCGAAGGUGAGCUACAUCCGGUGAAGAAAAAAGUAAAACCGCCCCCAAAAGAUAUAGGAUGGUACGUUGAAGAGGAUCAUCAUGCUGAAAGUGAGAAGGGGGGAACAGAAGGCACCAUGGCCAUGCUUUCCAGGUUUAUAGCUGCAUUCCUACCAUCCAGAAAACAAGUUGCAGGGAUGUUUGCAGAGGAAAAAGAACCAGUUGCUAAAGUAGAGGACGAAGAAGAAGAUGAAGACGAGGAUGAGGAGGAUGAGGAAGAAGUGGAAGAUUAUGAUGAGGAUGAGGAUGAAGAAGAAGAGGAGAAUGAGGAUGAGGUUGAAGGGGAAGAAGAUGAGGAUGAAGAAGAAGCUGAUGAUGAGGAUGAGGAAGAAGAUGAAGAAGAGGACAAGGAAGCAGCAGCUGAGGUUGAGAUAGAUGAGGAUCAUGAUGGUGAUGAUGAUGAUGAUGAUGAUGAUGAAGAGUAUGAGGCUCCCAUUCUGAUUGAUGUUGAUGACACAGAGACAGAAGCUUCUGAAACCAAGGAUGCCAGUGCUGAAGUCACAGAGGAUGCUCCUGCUUCUACUGCAAAUGACAACGACGAUGACGAUUAUGGUAAAGAGGAGGAAAUUGAUGUCACAGAAGAUGUUGUUUAUGACAUCCAGGACGAUGACAUUGACAUUGUUGCAGAACAAAUAGAUGCUGUUGCCUCUUCUGCAGAUGAUGAUGAUGAGGAUAAAGAUGAUGAGGAAGAUGAUAGCAUAGAUGAUGACAAAACAGAUGAUGAUGCUAAACCCUUUGACCUAGAAGAUGACGAUGAUGACGAUGAUGAUAUCAAGGUCAAUCUUGCUGAUAGUGAGGGUAUUGAUAUCUCAGACACAUUAGCUGAGGAUACAACUGAUGACUCUACAGAUAGUUUAGAGGACACUGAUGAUGACGAUGAUGACAUUGUCAAUGAGGACAGUGGUGCCAUCGUUGAUUCAGUUGACAAAACAAUGGAGGAUUCAGGUGAGACUGUUUGUGACGUCGCAGACAUUUCUGGUGACACAGCAUAUGAUGAUGAUGAGGGGAAGGAUGCAGCUGAAGUGAUCGGCAAAGAUGAUGACAUCACACCAGAAGCCUUUGAUAGUUCUGCUCCUAAGGAAGAUGAUCUAUCCAAGGAUGAAGAAGAGGAUGAUGAUGAUGGCAUUGAUGACCUUCUUUUGACAGUAACGCCACCUGUUGAAGAAACAAUAACCCCACUUUCUGAAGAGGCUAAAGAGACUGAAGUAGAGGACAAGACAGAAGAGAUCCAAGAGAUCAUCCCUCCAGAAGCACCAGAAGAGGAGGAGGAGGAGACUGAGGAACCAUCUGCUGAACCAGAGCUGACAAUAGAGGAAGCUUUGGAAGAAGAGGUAGAGCCCGAAUCCAAGGAGGAGGUAGAACCCAUCACUGAUACCAAGGAAGAGGAGGAGAAGGUAGCACCAGAGCAUGAACUUGAGGAGGUGGUGGUAGCAGCAUUGCCUGAAGCCGAGGAGGAAGAUGAGGUAGCUCCUGAGCCCAAGGAGGAAGUAGAACCUGCAGUCAAAGAGAUAAAGGUCCAGCAAGCUGCUACUCCUGCACAUCAAGUAGUGUGCCCUUGUAUGCAUUCAUCAAAACCAAAAGAACCUGAAAGUGAGCCAGCGGAGGAAAAAGCUAAACAUGUCAAGAGGAAAGUAGCCAAGCAAGCUAAAAAGGCCACUCCUGACCAGAAGAAGGCCCCUAAAAAGGAACCAGCGGUGAGAACUAAGAGAGAACGAGACAUGUGCAAGCCAGUUGAGAACACAAAAAGGAGAGAGGUUGCAAGGCAAUUGGAGUUGGAAGAGGCGAUCAGAAAGAGAGAACUCAGACUUAAAAAGGAAGAGAAGGAGAAGUCCGCAAAGAAAGAUUCUCAACAUGUAGAUGCGGGGGUACCUGCACCUGCACCAGUUCCCACCUGUCAACCCACACCAGUCUACUGGCCAUCAUCACCUCCUGGCUGGUAUCUGCAUCACAUAUUCACAGACAAUCCAUUCCCACCUACAACUAUGACAGCUCAUCCAACUCAGUCAUUUUAUCAAGCUCCUCCAGCGUAUCAAGUUUAUCAAGCUCCUCCAGCUCAACCAGCAGCUCUAGUUCAACCAGCUGAACCAGCACCUGCACCAGCUACUCAACCAGCUGAACCAGCACCUGCACCAGCUACUCAACCAGCUGAACCUACACAUGCACCAGCUACUCAACCAGCUGAACCAGCACCUGCACCAGCUGAACCAGCACCUCAACCAACUGAACCAGCACCAGCACCUGGACUUGCACCGCCGACAACUCAACCAGCUUCAUGGACUCAAGAACCACAGGCUCCCAAAGAAAAGCAGAAGGCUGCCACAAUAAAGAAGGUUCCAAAGGAAAAGACCAAGGCAGCUGCCCCAAAGAAGGAGCCAGUGCCCCCUAAAGAAAAAGUUAAGAAGCAAGACGCUGUGGUGUCCAAAGAGAAGGUCAAACCAGCUGUUGUAAAGAAAGAAGCUGUUGUCUCCAAAGAAAAGACAAAACCUACCACAAUGAAGAAAGAGCCAGUGCCCCCUAAAGAAAAAGUUAAGAAGCAAGACGCUGUGGUGUCCAAAGAGAAGGUCAAACCAGCUGUUGUAAAGAAAGAAGCUGUUGUCUCCAAAGAAAAGACAAAACCUACCACAAUGAAGAAAGAGGUUGUUGUUUCCAAAGAUAAAGCUAAAACAACAGCUGCCAAGAAAGAGCCUGUGGCAAAGGACAAAUUAACUCCUACGAAGAAAGAGCCUGCAAUCUACAAAGAAAAAGUCAAGACAAGCACUACCAAGACAACCACAAGCACUUCCAAGAAAGUUGUUUCAGAACCUGAGCCCCUAAAAGAGAAAGCCACUCCAAGAGUCCCCACUAUGAGGAAAGGGAACCACACAAAUGUAGUGGUGCCAAUGGUAAAAGCCAUGGCUAGAGUUGUCGCUAUAAGACCCAUCCAUACACCAAAAGUGACGGAGGAGAAGCUAUCCAAAGAACCUGAGACAGAGAAACCAAAAGCUGCAGAGAAAAAAGAGGUUGUUGUUUCCAAAGAUAAAGCUAAAACAACAGCUGCCAAGAAAGAGCCUGUGGAAAAGGGCAAAAUAACUCCUACAAAGAAAGAGCCUGCAAUCUCCAAAGAAAAAGCCAAGACAAGCACUACCAAGACGACCACAAGCACUUCCAAGAAAGAAGCUGUGGUCUCCAAAGAAAAGACAAAACCUAUCACAAUGAAGAAAGAGGUUGUUGUUUCCAAAGAUAAAGCUAAAACAACAGCUGCCAAGAAAGAGCCUGUGGAAAAGGGCAAAAUAACUCCUACGAAGAAAGAGCCUGCAAUCUCCAAAGAAAAAGUCAAGACAAGCACUACCAAGACAACCACAAGCACUUCCAAGAAAGUUGUUUCAGAACCUGAGCCCCUAAAAGAGAAAGCCACUCUGAGAGUCCCCACUAUAAGGAAAGGGAACCACACAAAUGUAGUGGUGCCAAUGGUAAAAGCCAUGGCUAGAGUUGUCGCUAUAAGACCCAUCCCUACAACAAAAGUGACGGAGGAGAAGCUAUCCAAAGAACCUGAGACAGAGAAACCAAAAGCGGCAGAGAAAAAAGAGGUUGUUGUUUCCAAAGAUAAAGCUAAAACAACAGCUGCCAAGAAAGAGCCUGUGGAAAAGGGCAAAAUAACUCCUACAAAGAAAGAGCCUGCAAUCUCCAAAGAAAAAGCCAAGACAAGCACUACCAAGACGACCACAAGCACUUCCAAAAAAGAAGCUGUGGUCUCCAAAGAAAAGACAAAACCUAUCACAAUGAAGAAAGAGGUUGUUGUUUCCAAAGAUAAAGCUAAAACAACAGCUGCCAAGAAAGAGCCUGUGGCAAAGGACAAAUUAACUCCUACGAAGAAAGAGCCUGCAAUCUACAAAGAAAAAGUCAAGACAAGCACUACCAAGACAACCACAAGCACUUCCAAGAAAGAACUUCGUGCUGCAAAAGCCAAAGCUGAAUGGUCGCUUGUAAAGAAUGUUGUUUCAGAACCUGAGCCCCUAAAAGAGAAAGCCACUCCAAGAGUCCCCACUAUGAGGAAAGGGAACCACACAAAUGUAGUGGUGCCAAUGGUAAAAGCCAUGGCUAGAGUUGUCGCUAUAAGACCCAUCCCUACACCAAAAGUGACGGAGGAGAAGCUAUCCAAAGAACCUGAGACAGAGAAACCAAAAGCGGCAGAGAAAAAAGAUGAUGUUGUUUCCAAAGAUAAAGCUAAAACAACAGCUGCCAAGAAAGGGCCUGUGGAAAAGGACCAAAUAACUCCUACAAAGAAAGAGCCUGCAAUCUCCAAAGAAAAAGCCAAGACAAGCACUACCAAGACAACCACAAGCACUUCCAAAAAAGAAGCUGUUGUCUCCAAAGAAAAGACAAAACCUACCACAAUGAAGAAAGAGGUUGCUGUUUCCAAAGAUAAAGCUAAAACAACAGCUGCCAAGAAAGAGCCUGUGGGAAAGGACAAAAUAACUCCUACGAAGAAAGAGCCUGCAAUCUCCAAAGAAAAAGUGAAGACAAACACUACCAAGACGACCACAAGCACUUCCAAGAAAGUUGUUUCAGAACCUGAGCCCCUAAAAGAGAAAGCCACUCCGAGAGUCCCCACUAUGAGGAAAGGGAACCACACAAAUGUAGUGGUGCCAAUGGUAAAAGCCAUGGCUAGAGUUGUCGCUAUGAGACCCAUCCCUACAACCAAAGUGACGGAGGAGAAGCUAUCCAAAGAACCUGAGACAGAAGACAAGGUAAAGGAUGUGAAGACAUCAGAUGCCAAAGCUGAAACCACACUCUCUGUGAAGACAGCCCAGCCCACUCAACCACAUAAAGCUGAGAAGACUGAGAAGAAAGCUGUGAAGGAGGCUAAAGAGAAAGAAGUGAAGCCUCCUGGUAUAGCAAAAGAAUCUCAGACUGACGAUAAUGCCAUGGACAAGAAGAAGCCAGGUCAGAAAGUAUUGCAGUGUGUUUUAAUGGUUGGAAAGAAUGCCCACUACCCUUUGCGACCUUCCACCCCUGGUAUGACCCCUGUGUCGAUGAGCCCAGCCAUGCGGUCCAUGAUGUUGCAGCAGGCGCAGCAGCAGAAAGCCAGAGCGGCGGGGCAGUAGACGAGCUCCUCACCUCCAUGCUGCUCCCUCUAGUCAGUCUGCACGACAGCUUUAACCAGGAUAAUCAGGGACUAAAGGGGAAGGAUGGAUGGACAGUACAGUAUUAUUUAUUUUUCUAUGACCGGUUGAGCUCCCGUGAGUUAAGUCAAUGAACUAUUUUCCUUUACCUGUGGCUUUGCCGCUUUUGAUAGCGCUCAGUGCUGAGUCCUUUGUGAUCUAUGUUUUUCAACAGAUUUAUUUAUAAGAAAAGGAGUGUAAGUUAUGCCUAUGUAUUACCUUAGGAAGCAAACGGAAUUGAUCAUUUCUGUAAAUUUCAACCAAAUUCAAUGUACAUAUGCAUAUAAAUUGUAAUUAGGCUCAAGUUCAAUGUAUAUAAUGUACAUGUGAUAUCAACAUCCUGCCAUUUUCAUUUGUUGAAUAAUUACUUCACGUUAUCAUUUUUUCAUUUGUUACUUUUAUCACAACAUUCAUAAUGACAUUCAUAAUGAGUUCAGAAUGACAAAACAUCUGUAAAUUGAUUUUAGGGUCAUACAUUACCAAUGGCACUGUGAUUAAAAUUUAGUUUAGUUUUCAUUUCAUGUUUUGAUUCUAUUUUAUUAAGGAAACAAAUUGAACAUGCUAUACAAUAACAAAUGAACAAUAUAGCUCACUUUCUCCGAACAUGUCCAUGUCUGUAUGCGUCUGUUGAUGUGUGACAUACCCUGCCAUUAUUGCCGUAACAGGAAAUCCUAAGCCAUUUUUUAAGACUAUGGUAAUAGUUGAGCAUCAAAUAAACAGUGACAAUCUUCAUAAUCAUUUUAGAAAUUGUGUGCAUCACAGUUUGAUCAUAAAAGAGGAUCGAUAUUUGUAUUUGUAUAAAAAUUGCUGAAAUUUAUAUUUUAGAUAUAAUAUUAUUAUUAUUUUUUUUUUUAAAUAUUCAUCAAAUUAGUUUGCCUGCCAAAGAUAACAAGAAGUUUUCAUCUACAGUAAACGUUUCUACUCCUUGUCAGAUGUUAUUAGAUAAGGUAUGUUAACACUAACUGUAGUUAUCUGACCAGAUCUGCAUAAAACACAUAGCUUAAGAACACUGCCUUAUCACUCAUUACACACACUGUAAAGCAAGGUGAUGUUAUGUUGUCAUUUUUGUUUGAUAUGCUACUUCCAUGUAAAUAACUGCAUCAGCUUGUAUCUUGCUGCUUGGCAUAUUGGUAAAGAAUUGUGGGAAGAUGACUAUGGUACCAUUUCUCAUGGAAGCUCCCGUUGUUAACCUGAAUAACCUCUUCUCUCUCUCUCUCUCCUGUGAGGAGUGUGUGUGUUCACUGAGAAUGCAACACUAGAGGUCAAGUCAAUGACUGUCCACAUAUGUUGUUGUUUUUUUACAACUGACAAUGAUUCUCGUGAGAUGGUGUUAUGAUGUCAUCCUGUGAUAUAUAGGUGUGGAUGACUUUAUCAUCGCUGUCAUGUUACUAUUAUGGCGCUUGCUGCCAUGCGCAGCAGCCUACUGCUGAAUCAUGUUCAAGUAGGAGUGCCUUUAUUCUGAUAAUGGUGCUGCUGUGCUGAGUCCAGCGUAUCCAUUGUUGUCUUACUCAACUAAAGACUGGUGUCAGGAGUCCAUGUUUCAAGACCAUGUGAAAGAAACUAUUGGGCCUGAGAUCAGAUGUCCUUUAUACAGUAGAAGGGAAAAUAAGAAUGCUCAGUAAGUGGUGGCUUGAGAGCCCAUACUGUGAAAGCCUGGUUACCUUCUCUAUUCAGCUAUUACAUUCCCAUCCCUGCCACUCCUGUCAUUUGCCAGCUUUGGUAAAUGACAGGAGUGGCAAGGAGUGGAAUGUUAGCUAAAAAGACUGGUAGUCAGACUAUUGAAAGCAUGAGAGGGAAGGCCGAGAAACUCUACUUUGUUUUGACUGUAGCUGUCUCAGCCUGUUGUAUGGUAUCUACCAUCUAUCCAUACAUUUUGCAGUGUCACAUGCAUCCACAGUCCGCAACAACAGCUCAACAAAGUCUUGUGAAGUAGGCCAAAGGAAAAAAUCUUGACUUUGAAGUUCCAGUGCACCAUUUCCUGUACCACCAGGGGAAAUGCUGCUGUCUGUCUGCUGUGUGUUGUUUUCUGUGGAUCUGACUGAUGGAGGCAGAGUCCCCACACUUAUCUACAAUGCAACAACAGAGAUUACACUAAUUAUAUAUUUUUAUAAUUAUAACUAUGUCUUACCUUUCUAUUCUUUUGUCAGAGAAACGUAUUUACUCUUGGCAGAAUGGACUUGUUGGUUGACUGCUCUUUCAUUAUGAGCUCGGUCACACCAUCAUACCUUCCCAGUCAUUAAGUAUAACAAAGCAUUGACUAGACAACCGUACAGUAUGAUGUUUAAAUACCUGAUGUUUACUUGAUUUACAACAUUGCCCCUGGCACAUUGUGGAAUGUCUUGACAGAAUACAGACCUCAGAUAUACAUGAUUAAUAAGCACGGAUUCUGUGCUGAUUAUGUUAGCUGUAACAGUGUCAUUUUAAAGACAAUUAUUCACAAACUAAAUAUAUUUUGGGUUGUUUUGUUCUUUUGGACGAUUCAUUUUUGGUAAUUUCCUGUAUAUUAUGCAUGACUAUUAUUUAAGAAAAUACAAAACAUUUGUCAGUUAUUGUCUCUGGUUCUAUGUCUCAGUUACACUCUGGUGAGCACUGUAGGACUUGAAAUAUUAGCUUUAAUCAUAUCUCAGUCAGACAUCAGUUGAGCUGUAAAGGAUGGAUAUAGAUAGCUUUACUAUGAGAUGUGUACGCUCUGUUGAUUUGAGACUUCCCAUUUAUACAGAAGAGUUUCCUAACAUGCACGGAGGAAAACAAACUCUCAGCCUUAAAUAUCAGAUAUGUUCCCAAACACUAAUUACAUCCCAGAUUAAUUGUCUUGCCAAAAAUACAUACUUUAUUUUGAGCUAUUCCUUUUUAUAGAUAUUUAUCUUGUCAAUGCUCCAUUACUAGAUUCUGAGACUAUUUCUAAACUAUGUUUGCCUUCUGUAGUUACUGUAUGUUCUGUAAUUGAUCACAACAUGAUGCCACUGAUGCUGUUCUUAAGUUGUAGUUUGUUGUUGUUGUUGCAGUUUUAACAAAGUUCAAACCAUUAUUUAAACAGCAACGCAACAACACAUCAAUCAAUGCCCAGAAAUAUAUAUUUAAAGUAUGUUGUACAUGGUGCAUAAAACAACUGAUAACUGAUUUUUUUUUAAAGCAUUUAUCAAUUGUUGCAGUAUUUAUAAGAAUGUAUUGUUUUUUUUGUUUUCAGAACAAUGUGCUCUUGACUUAUUUUGUUGUUAACCUCAUUUUUGUGUAUAUAUUUAGCAAAACGUGGACUGCACAUGGCAAUGCAAUGUUAGCGUUACAAAUCGAGUAAACAUGUCAAAAAAAUAAAAAAUAAGUCUGUUU